AUGCCCACAAUGCCCAAGGCAAGCGACUUUCCUGCAUCUCUGAACCCGGUCAUCCACCUCCCUCCCAACACCACGGCAACCAAUGUCAUCCUGUUCCUGCCCGGGCUGGGCGACAACGCCACAAACUUCUCCUCGUUCCCCCGUGCCCUGAACCUGCCCGACGCACUGACGAUAACCCUCAACCCACCGUUUCCCCUGCCCGUCCCGCUCGACCCUGACGGUACAUCUCGUUCCUGGUCCGAGGAUCUCCACGUCGACACGGCGACCGGAUCUCUCGAUGCGGACCCGGACUCGUCGCCCGUGACUCGCGCCGUCAACCUCGUCGCCCACGACGUCAUCCGCGACACGCUGGUCGCCAAGCACGCCUACCGCCCGGACCACAUCCACCUCUUUGGAUUCGGGCAAGGAGGCUCAGUCGCCCUGGCGGUGCCGUUGCAUGCGUCGCUGUCGUCGUCGCCUUCGGUGACAUUGGGAGGCGUCAUGGCCAUUGGCGGGGUGCUGCCUCUGGACACUCUUCCGAGCGAUUCAGAAUCCAAAAACCGGACUCCGGUGUUGUUGCUGUCGGGUUCGAGCUCGCCGCUCGCCGCCGGCCCGGACUCGAGCCCCUUGAAACGUGUCAAGGACGUCUUCGAGUUCAUCACCUACCACCGCUGGAAGAAGGCCGGCGACACCAUGCCCAAGAGCAGGGAAGAGGUGUUGCCCAUGAUGCAAUUCUGGGCACGGUGCCUCAAAAGUAGACGGGGCGUGCCUGACGACGCGGUAGAAAUCAGCUAA